AUGCGGCCGCGGCGGCCCCUGCUCCCGGCGCCCGGCGGGGCUUACAUGGCGCUGGAGGACCUGCUGCUUUGUCUCUGCUUCUCCGCCCUCGCCGUCCUGGCCGUGCAAGGGAGGCUGUCGGAAGGGGAUUCUCUGGAGCUGAGCUGUAGUGCUGGUCCUGCAAAGGUGAUACUGGAGCCAAACCAAGUGGUGAUUUUGGAUUGUAACCUGACUCCUGUUGAGCAAGUGAUCAAUAUCACAUGGAAGAAGAAUGGGUUUCCAUUAGUGGAGCAGGAACAUCUCCAUGUGCUUCCAAAUGGAUCGCUCUUCAUCUCAUCGCAGGCUGUGGCAAAGGACAGUAAAUAUCCCGAGAGGGCUGGUGCUGAGGGUAAUUAUUCCUGCGUGUCUCACACCUCCCUAGGGACCGUCACCAGUCAAACAGCUGCAGUCAGAUUUUCAACAUUAUCACGCUUUUUCCAGCAGCCAGAGUCGCAGACAGUGGAAGAAAAUGGCAUGGCCCGGUUUGAGUGCCGGAUCGAGGGGCUGCCCUCCCCUGUCAUCACCUGGGAGAAGGACCAUGAAGCUGUUCCAGCAGAGCCCAGGUUUAUAACUCUUCCCAAUGGUGUCCUCCAAAUCGUGGAUGUGCAAGAGAGCGAUGCUGGGAUUUACCACUGCGUGGCAACCAACGCCGCCCGCAAGCGCUACAGCAACGAUGCCACCCUCAGCGUGGUGAAAGGUUCCCAGCCAGCAGGAGGAGAUGUCACCAUCAUUGCUGCUCCAGAGAACACCACGGUGGUGGCUGGGGAGAGCGUGGUGAUGGAGUGUAUGGCAGCUGCUCACCCCACCCCCUUUGUCUCCUGGAUACGACAAGAUGGAAAGUCCAUUUCCACAGAUGUGAUUGUGCUGGGCCGGACAAAUCUGCUCAUUCCUUCCAGCCAGCCCCAUCACUCCGGGGUGUACGUCUGCCGAGCCAACAAACCCCAAACGCGGCAGUUCGUCACCGCCGCCGCUGAGCUGCGCAUCCUCGCUACUCCCAGCAUCUCCCAGGCUCCUGAAACCAUCUCCCGCACCCGGGCCAGCACAGCCAGGUUUGUGUGCAAGGCAGAGGGAGAGCCAGCCCCCACCAUCCACUGGCUGAAGAACGGGGAGCCCAUCCUCUCCAACGGGCGCGUGAAGGUGCAGAGCAGCGGCAGCCUCGUCAUCAACCAGAUCGGCCUGGAGGAUGCUGGCUACUACCAGUGUGUGGCUGAGAACAGCCUGGGCACGGCCUGUGCCACCGCCAAGCUCUCAGUGAUCGUGCGCGAGGGUUUGCCCAGCGCUCCCAAGAGGGUCUCGGCCGUGUCCCUCUCCAGCAGCACCGUCCUGGUGUCCUGGGAGCGGCCGGAGCACAACAGCGAGCAGAUCAUCGGCUUCUCCUUGCACUACCAGCGGGCUGUGGGAACAGAUAAUGUGGAAUAUCAGUUUGCUGUCAAUAAUGACACAACAGAGCUGCAAGUCAAGGAUCUGGAACCAAACACCAACUAUGUCUUCUACGUGGUUGCAUAUUCCCAGCUCGGGGCCAGCCGGACAUCCUCUUCCAUCGUUGUCCAGACCCUGGAGGAUGUUCCCAGUGCAGCCCCUCAGCUGUCCCUGUCGAGCAUGACUCCUGGUGACAUCCGUGUGACGUGGCUGCCGCCUCCUCCCGAGCUGAGUAACGGCAAGAUAACCAAAUACAAGAUCGACUACUGCACCCUCAAGGAAGAUCAGGUGACCUCCAUCGAAGUGGGUGGAAAUGAGACCCAGAUCACCCUGUACUCACUCCAUCCCAACAAAGUGUACAAAGUUCGGAUCGCAGCCAGCACCAGUGUGGGAUAUGGGGCCCCUUCCGAGUGGACCCAGCAUCGGACCCCUGACAGAGACAACCAGACACAUGUUCCAUUUGCCCCAACAGAACUAAAAGUCCGAGCGAAGAUGGAGUCUCUCCUGAUAACGUGGCAGCCCCCAGCAAACCAUGCCCAGAUAUCUGGCUACAAGCUCUACUACAGAGAGGUUGGCCCAGAGGAGUCCAGUGAUGAGAGCCCUUUGGAUGGUGCUGAAGAUGAGAUCUGGGAUGUAGGACCCAUAAAACUAAAGAAGAAAGUGAAGCAGUACGAGCUGACUCAACUAGCUCCUGGGAAGCUUUACGAGGUGAAGCUGGUGGCAUUCAAUAAGCACGAAGAUGGCUACGCAGCAGUUUGGAAAGGCAAAACAGAAAAGGCACCUGCAACUGCAGUAGAUCCCCCUGUGCAGAAGGGGCCUCCACUGCCUCCAGUCCAAGUCUAUGCAGAGUCCAACAGCUCAACUUCCAUCUGGCUCCGCUGGAAGAAACCUGACUUCACAACAGUCAAAAUUGUCAACUACACCGUGCGCUUCAGCCCCUGGGGCCUGAAGAACGCCUCUCUUGUGACAUACUACACCAGCUCAGAUGAAGACAUUCUCAUUAGUGGGCUGAAGCCCUACACCAGGUAUGAGUUUGCUGUGCAGUCCAACGGGGUUGGCAUCGACGGGCCCUUCGGCAGCGUGGUGGAGCGCUUCACCCUGCCCGACCGCCCCUCCACUCCUCCGUCUGACCUGCGGCUGCACCCUCUCAAUCCCUACGCUGUGCAGGUGCACUGGUGCCCACCUGUGGAGCCCAAUGGCAUCAUUGUGGAGUAUCUCAUCCUGUACAAUGCCAACAACACACAGCCAGAUGACAUGUGGACCUUGCUGACACGAGAAGGAAACAUCUUCAGCACUGAAGUGCAUGGCCUGGAAAGUGAUACCAGAUACUUCUUCAAGAUGGGAGCAAAGACAGUGGUGGGAUCUGGUCCCUAUUCCAACGUGAAGGAUGUGCACACCCUCCGGGAGAAGCUGUCUGAUGUCCUGGAUAUCCACUCUGUGACAGGGAUCAUCGUGGGGGUGUGCCUGGGGCUGCUCUGCAUUCUCUUCUGCAUGUGUGCCAGCUUCCGCAACAGCAAGCACAGGGAGGCCCUGCCAGGCCUGGAUUCCCAGGCUGCUGGCAACCACACGUACUACCACCGGAGCAGGCAAGGAGUAGCCUCUCCCAGUGGCACCUUGGACUCACAUGAGCUCGAGUCCCUCAUGUCCCCACUCCCAGAGGAUGUGCCCGUGCCCCUGGGGGACAUCACAGAGCUGGCAGAAGUGCACAGCCUCAUCCACACGAGCCUCCCUGAGGACAUCUUCCAUGGGAAGAGGAAGCAAGGGUCACUGGGAAGCAGCCACCUGGAGAGCAGCGUUGUCACCCGUGCCGACCGGGAGGGUGACCUGUCUUCAUGGAAUAAAUCAGCCAACCAGGCCUGGACAAACAGCAUCACCAGAUAUGGGGACACCAUCACCAAAGAGCCUCUCUCUGCUGUCAAUGGGUCACUGAAGCUCCCCUCCAAUGCAGGGCAGAAACUUCUCUUACAAGCCCUGGUUUAUGAUGCUGUGAUGAAUGAAGCAAAGAAAAGCCACCUGCCAGCCAGCCUCCACCAAGUGGAAGCAGAGGUCAUUGUCCAUUCUGAUUUUUCAGCCUCUGACAGAGACUACAACUCCCAGCUGCACACCCUGGAGAGUGAAGAGAGAGAAAUGGAGGACCAGGAGCCUGAAGAGCUCCCCUUGGCAGAGCUGGCUCCUCCCAUCUCUCCCAGUUCCCAGCAGGACACUGGCCAAGUGUUGGUGGACUGCACGGACAAUUUGGAUGCUCAGGCCCAGGCUGAGCUGCUCUGUACCAACACAAAGACUGACAAACCAGAGGCUGUUUGCAUCCGUGGGCUCACCAAUGGCUUCCACAGGCAUGGAGAAAGUCUGGAUUCGGUGGAGAGUGGAGAUUCAGACUCCAUCCAGGAAGGCAGGGGUGAUGUGCAGCCAGUCAAGUGCCACUUGCUUUCCACGGCGCCUGAGGAGGCCCUGCUCUGUGGUAACUCUGGUUUAACAAGUCCAUCCUCAGCAGCUGAGAACAUGGCAUGUGUCCCCAGUCACAAAGAAUGAACUGAUCUGAUUUUAAUCACAGCAGAGCUGAAGCACGAGGAGAACCUGUCCCUGUGAGGUGCUGCCUGCCCUCGGCUGGCUGAGCUCAGCAGGGGCUGGGCAGGUGCAGCAUCUGACCAGAGCAGGGCUUGGACCUGUCAGCUCUGCAGAGGCCUGGGAAGCCAGGUGGGUUGGUAGGGGCCCCUCUUCCUCCCGCUGAAGCUGAUGAGGAACUGGGUGUUGGUGGGAGCAGGACUGAGUCUGACACAGAACCACGAUGGAGCAGAGCCUUCUGCACUGGGCUGGGGCUGGCACUUCACCACAGCCCUCAAGGAGACUGGCACGAUGUCCUUCAACGCUGGGAAGUGGCAGAGUGCACCGAGGGAUCCUUCCCAGCUGCCUCUUCCCAGGGAGUGCCCAGGCACCACUGACUGCCUGGCAGCGUUGGGAUGAAUUCUGGCACAGGAGUCCCAGCAGGGGGUGGAAGCCCUGGAAACAAAGGCAGUGAGCUAUAAGCACCAGCCUUUUCUGCCCUCCCGUGGUUGGAAGGAUUACCAGGCUCUCUGUGUGUGCUACCGCAGUUACUACUAGCAGGCUGAUGUAGUGGCCUUUUAUUACACACUCUACGAGUGCCUCUGACAACUUGUACUAUGUAGAACCUUCUGCAGCGUCUGGGUCUUUUCACCAGCCUGGGCUUUGUUUUAUGUAGGUUCUUGUACCUAAUAUUUUAGGUACACAUCUGUCCUUUUAAUGUACAACAUGUAUUUUUAUUUCCUUGGAACAUCUUUAUAUUAUUUAAUUUUAUAAAGUGGAGUAGUGUGUGGUAUAGAGUAGCAUUUUUACUACUUCUCUCUUUCUUUAUUUUUUCCUCCCUAACAACACAACUACCUCAUGUCUGUUGGAGAAAAAAAAAGCAGUAGAUCUACUCAUUUGUUAUAGUCCAUUAUAGGUUUUAACUUAUUCUUAUACCGCCUUUUCUAAAAAAUAUGUUUGCACUGGUUGUUGACUUCUCUUUAACAUGUAGUGCUGCAGAUCUGAUGUCUCUCUUGCUUAGUUUCUUGACACCUUCCCUACAGCCAGAGAGUUGGGUUGUGUCUCUCUGUAGGACUGUGUUUUGCAGCAGCUGCCAAAGGAGACUGCUUUAGCUGGCAGGAUGUCCAUCCAUCUUUCCUCAACAAGCUUGUACUAACAAAUAGAAAGAAGAACCAGCAAUUGCAAAAGUAACCUGUGAUUCUGGGGGCAUGUAUUUAUUUUCUCUUUUUUUGAGUGCUCAUGUGGAAACAUCUCAGGUGGUUUUGAUUUACAGAGAGCAGCACUCAGCCUUCUGUAAGCAGUGGACCUGCUGAAAGCCUUGGAUGAACAAGUGACAUUUUCCAGUCACUUCUGAUAGUCCUGGCCAAAGUGCUUUUGGGUGGAUUUUUUUUUUUUUUUUAAGAGCAGAGCAUCACCAGAGCUUUAAAAUUAAAAUGAAGUCUUUAGUCUCAUACCAGUCAGUCUGGCUUGAAAAUCAUCCAGUGACUUUUCCUGCUGAUGCUGUUUGCUUACUGCUGAUAUGUCUCUCAGCCUGGCCCUGCUGGGGGUGGACUUUACUGUUUUUUAGCCUGUCUCUGUCCUGCUCCAGGCCUGCAGGGUUUGACUGCAAAUGCUACAAGAUUGGACCAGCUGCCUGGAGUUAACAAGGAUCAGUAACUCUGUUCAUGGGUGUUUGGUAAAUGUUCUGUCUUCCUGGAGGAUUCAGGCAUCUCACCAUUUGUUUAAAACAUGAAGGAAAAGAUGCCCACCUUCUUCUUUUCUUACUAAAAUUCUCCCCAGGUUAUAUGGGGAAACUGUGUGCCAACAAUCCUAUAAGAGACUUUAGAUUUUGUUGUUCCUGGUGAUGACUGGUGGAGGUACCACUGCUUGCAGCAUGGAGAACCUUACUUCACCAGCACCCUGCAACCCUUUUACCUCCAGCUCUUCAGCAGAUGAGAACCUGCAAGCCUCCAUGUACCUGAUGGGAAGGAUAUUGGAGUUUCCACCUCUUCCCAGCUGGCAGCAUCUCCUCCCAGUGUGACGCACUGUUCUGGUAACCAGUGUAGUUCCAGUCAUUGUGAUUGGUCUGUUUCUCCAGCUGCUGCUUGGUGUCUUGAGGAGUCUCAGAAAUGCUGUUCCAUGCUCUGAAUAGCCAUGACUCUGGAAUGCUGUGGGACAGAGACUGGAAAUCAGUGCCAGUGAGCAGGCAAAGGUAGGAGCUUGUGUGUGUGUUGGAGCGAGGAGCUAGAAAGGCAAGGAAACAUAACUGGGCAGAGGAAGUGUAAAAAUAACCUCCAGAACCCACUGCCACAAGACUUUGAAACUCAUGGCUUAGCAGGGUCACAGAUAAGGCAGUGAAGUGU